AUGCCGCGAAUUCCGUACUCGCUUCUUCUGCGCGCGCGCCGCACCGACCCUUUGCUUCCACUGCUGCUCCGGGAAUGUCGAGAUCUCUGCUCUGCACGGAACGAGCUCCGGUGGCUUACUGAAUACGCACAGAGUCGCGAUACGGACGACCAAGCUGGUUGGAAAUGGAGGCAGAGGCUGCGGUCGCUGGUCAGGCAGCGAGCGGCAGGGAAACCGCUGCAAUACAUCUUGGGAGACCAACCAUUUGGAGAUUUGGAGAUACUCUGCAAAGAGGGAGUGUUGAUCCCACGCCCAGAUACGGAGUCUUAUACCACACGCAUAACACAGCAUCUCCUUGCUGAGCACCGCCGUUAUCCUAGACAAAGUGUUCGAAUCAUCGACAUAUGUACCGGCACAGGAUGCAUACCGCUAUUGCUACACUCCCUCCUGGCGCCUUCGAUACCUGCUCUAUCCGUCAUAGGCGUGGACAUCAGUCCUACAGCCCUCUCUCUUGCGAAGAAGAAUCUGGAGCACAAUAUCGAGAAUGGCAACCUACUCUCCCGCGCCCGAGAUGAAGUUCAUUUCGUACAGGCUGAUAUUCUGACUCCUCGUUCCCUGGAUCCAGAUGGCUCAGAACUCGGAAUGCUUCUCUCUCGCCUGCAACAGGAGCACCGGGACGGAUGGGAUCUCCUUAUAUCCAACCCUCCAUAUAUCUCACCCAAAGAAUUCGCCAACGGUACAACUAAACGUAGCGUUCGUCUGUAUGAACCUACGCUGGCACUGGUACCUCCGCCGAUUCGGCAUACUGAUACAUCAUCAGACUCAGUCCGCGCAGACUCAUUCUACCCGCGUCUACUAGCUAUAUCGGAGCAGCUAAAGGCUCGUUUUACUGUUCUAGAAUGCGGUGACCCAGCGCAGGCUCGGAGGGUUGCUUCCAUGUCUGCUGGGAGGGACAAAAGAACGAGGAUAUGGCAUUGUGACUGGGACGCAUACUCCUACGAAGGUACUGUGGAUGCUACUUCUAUCGGCGAGGGAGAAACAAGCGCCUCGUAUGGCUGUAACCAUGGGCCUGAAGAUGCGCCUGAACAAGGGGCUCGCGCAGUUGUGGUAUUGAGAUGCUAA